ACCUAUGGGUAAUGUAACAGAAAAUAAAUGAAAAUGGCGUCGAAAGGUCAGCGUUGGAUGAUUGAUUCGGGAAUUCUGCGUAAAAAAGAUGGGGAAGAAGAGCCACAGGAGCUGUUGGUGUUCGGAUAUAGCUGCAAAUUGUUUCGGGACGAUAAGAAGGCGCAAAUGAUUGACCAAGGGAGGCAUUUGAUCCCAUGGAUGGCCGAUAACUCGUUGAAAAUAGACAGAUACGAUGGACGUGGAGCAUUGGGUGAUCUGCGAGUACACGAACCACCGCCAGGUGGAUUUGAUCUACGACAAGUCCUCACCGAAGAUGAAAGAAAAGUGGAACAGAUUUGUGACGAGGAACGCUACCGGUCUCUAUAUAACAGCGAUGCGGAGGAGACAAUGUACCAUGAAGAAGAAAUUAAGCGGUUGCAUCAAGCUCUGGACUCUGAAAAUCCUUAUGCUCAAGUAGCUUACAAUUAUAACGAAGAUGAAAUUAAUCAAGCGGCAGGCAGUGGCGACACAAAUAGUCCAAAGCCAUCCGACGGAUCUCAGGAAGACGAAGAUCAUGCAUUUAUCCCUCCACCUGAGCUUCAAAUUCCUGAGGAUAUGGUUGUGCCAGAAACACAGAAAUUAAAUGCCAUCAUUACGAAAACUGCCCUCUUCAUUAGUCAACAAGGGGGUCAAAUGGAAGUCCUGAUUAAAGCAAAACAAGCCAACAACUCUCAAUUUUCUUUCCUCUCCAUCGAUGGACCUCUGCAUCCUUAUUAUAGACAUGUCCUUGCUGCAAUCAAGGAUGGUAAAUACAACCCUGAAAAGCAGCCUGAGAAGGAACAAUCCGAAAGCGAAGACGAAUCGGACGGGGAUGGCGAAUCUUACCUUCACCCAAGUCUCGCGCCAUCUUUUAGUAAAGUCGAAUCGGCGCCCAGUAUUCCGAGCAUUCAGUAUAAGCCGUCAGCCGAUUGCGCCUACUCCAUGCUGGUGAACAAGAUCACAGGCAAACCACCUCUGCCAAGGAUACCCCACCAACCCGAGAUCCCCGCUCAGCCUUCACCUCCAGCUAGUUACUACUCCGUUCCUCCUCAGAAUUACCCAGCACUGUAUCCACCGGCACCUCAGCAAUAUGCGCAUGGUCCAGUGAUUUAUGGACCAAACGGACAAGUCGAGCCACCACCGGAAAAUGCAUCUCAAUCAAGCACAUGUUCCCCACCUCAGCAAGCGAAGGACGGUCAGGUAACUCUGGUUCCCUACGGACAAACACCACCAAAGCCUUUGGGUAGGCCUUCCUUCAUUGUCCCGCCUGCCGACGUUCAAAUAAUCAUCGACAAGAUGGCCAGUUACGUUGCCAAGAAUGGUAGAGACUUUGAGGCAAUCGUGAAAAGCAAGGGGGAUCCAAGAUUCAAUUUUCUUGAGUUAUCGCACCAGUAUCAUGGCUACUACGCUCACAAAUUAACGAUCUACGAAGGUGCUGUGGAUACUAAAGCAUUAACGGAGGAACAACUUCUUCAGGAACAAGAACCGCAAGAGGAAAAACAAAAGAAGUUGGAAGAAUUGCAAAAAAAACAACAACGAAUGGAGGAGGUGCAGAAGAGGGUAAAAAUGAUACAGGCCAAGAAGAAGGGAGACGUUAAACACGAACAAGGUGGGAAGCAGGUAACGACUGUGUCAUUUUCUAUAAAGAAACCAAAGGAAGGUGAAUCGACUGUAAUUGAAAAACGUAGCGCGCUGCCAUUGGAGGAAAGCGAUGAGGACAUCGAAGAAGGUAAACGUGAAACAAAUUCUAAGCCUAACUCGCCGCAUGAUAGCAGCGACGAGAGUCGAGCGUCAAAAAUUGAUAAGGAGACAUCAAAGUCUGAAAAAAAGAGUAAAAUCGAUUACAAAGAGUUCGUCGACCUGACGGAGGACAUUUUUGAAGACUGUCAAAAAGAAGUUAGAAACAAGCAAGCUGAGGAGAGAAUAAAAGACAAACUUGCCGCUGCUGCGCGGGAUAAGCUGGCCGCAAAUUCUCGAGAAAGGCAGCUUCAAUUAGAGAGGAAAAAGAAGGCUGCAAUGUUCCUCAGCCAAAUACAAGUGCCUGCUUUGUCCAAAACCGCAACCGUCACUCCUAAUAUUGCCUUUCGAAAAACUGACGAUUCAGACGAGGUUCAUUCAAUCCCCUCACCGACACCAGCUGCCAGCGAAGAUGCGGACGCACGAGUCAAUGGCAAUUCCUUAAUGAAUAGGCUCAAGGGUUCCGACUUGGGUAGCAAACGCCCAAGGCCUUCUUCUAGAAGUCGCAGUAGAAGUCGCAGCCAUUCGGACAGAAGUAAACAGCACAAGAAGCACAAGAAAAAAAAAACCUCACACAAAAGCUAUGACAGCCCUUCGAGUUCCCGUUUCCAUAAAUCUAAGAAAACCAAAAAAUCAUCGUCAUCAAGACACCGGUCUCGUUCAAAAACACCAUCGCGCCGACAGAGUCAUUCUUCUAAACAUUCGCGGAAGGACAGUAAUUCCAGUGAAUCAGAUUCCGGUGGAUCGUGAAACGAUAUCUUGUUCAGUAUCUAGAUAAUCGCCUGGGCCGACGGCUGCAAUUCUCGACCCGUCGGAACAUCUGCGACCGGAACCAGUGCACGCGGAAAAAUCAGCCAAUCAAUUCAGAGAUUAUUCGGUAGACCCAGAAGAUCCGCUCAAGGAACGAGUCCGAAAAACUUACCAUGAUAUGCA